UACCGUCGAGGAAAGACAUAAAACAUGUCUCGUGUUAUUGUUCUUCUCUUAUUCAUUGUCGUUGUUUAUGUCAGCUCGAUCAACGCUGGCAUAAUCUGUCCACCUAAUCAAGUGUUCAAACUUUGUGGCACUGCGUGCGAGCCUCGAUGUGGAAUACCCCAACAACCAAACUGUAUCAGCAAAUGCGUGACGGAUUGUCAAUGCAUAGACGGAUACUUAAAGAAUUCGCUGAACGAAUGCGUCUUGCCGGACGAAUGUUGAGGUCGUAUAAUUUAUUGAUUUAUUAAAUUAUUGCCGGCCAACGAAAAAGAAGUUGUGUAACUUUCCACGAGAGAAAAUAAACGAUCGCCUUUCUCGA